AUGCCCAUCGCUGGCGCCCAACGCAAGGAGGUGCUGAAGGUGUUGAUACUCUCGUUGUUGUUAGAUUUGAUAUCCUUUACAUUCGUUCUGCCCCUCUUCCCUUCUCUGCUAUCGUUUUAUCGCGCGCAAGAUCCAUCCCCGGAUUCCCUCCUCAACCGCAUCUUCCACUACCUAAACGCCUACAAAAACUCCUUCGCGCGCCCCAUUGACUCGCGCUAUGACAUCGUGCUCCUCGGUGGAGCCCUCGGCUCUUUGUUCUCCCUCCUCCAAGCCUUCGCCGCACCCGUCAUAGGCCGCCUAUCUGACCGCCAUGGCCGCCGUCGCGCCCUGCUCAUAUCCAUGCUAGGCAACCUCUUGAGUGUCGCGCUGUGGGUGUCGGCCACGGACUUCCGCACAUUCCUUGCCAGUCGUAUUGUUGGGGGCCUGAGCGAGGCGAAUGUGCAAAUGGCCAACGCCAUAGUGGCGGAUAUCACAGACGAGGAGCGUCGCGGCUCCUCUAUGGCAUUAAUCGGGGCCUGUUUCAGCGUCGCUUUCACAUUUGGGCCGGCGCUAGGUGCAGCACUCAGCAGUAUCGAUAUGGUUGCCGAGAACCCGUUCAUUGUCGCUGCAAUUGUGUCGUUUGCUUUGAUCUUUAUUGAAACUGUGUAUCUUUGGGCCUGUUUGCCCGAGACGCAUCCCCGCUUGACGACUCUUCAGGUGGAGGGCGAGAGUACCUCCGCCGAGAAGAAUGAUGCGUCAAGCAAGAAGACAGUAGAGAAGAGCAGUGCUCCCGCUAAGCGCACCCAUACAAAUAACCCAGCACUUCUCAAUGCCCUCCACUUCCUCUUCCUACUUCCCUUCUCCGGUCUGGAGUUCUCCCUCCCCUUCUUGACCACAACGCUCUACGCAGGAUCAGCCACGACCGCCAGCCCUGCCGCAUUGAACGGACGUCUCUUGUCUCUGAUGGGCUUGGUGGCCUCCCUCCUUCAGGGAACGCUGGUGCGCCGUCUCCCGCCACUGAUCACCCUCCGUGCUGGCGUUGUGGCCUGUACUAUCUCAUUCUUCUGUCUUGCUCGCGUUUCUUCGCCCUCGGGUCUCUAUGCUGCCGGUGCUCUCUUGGCGGUAACGACCGCUACCGUCGUCACGUCACUCAACAGCCUGGGCAGCUUCGAGGCGCAGGACGCGGAUCGCGGCGCGGUCAUGGGUCGUUUGCGGGGGUGGGGACAGGCUGGUAGGGCGACUGGUCCUAUUGUGUUUUGCUCUCUAUUUUGGUGGGCUGGCCGUGAGGCUGCUUAUACUGCUGGCGGGUUAGCCAUGUGUGUCGUUACAGUUGCGGUUUUUAGCUUGUUGAAGUCGCCUGCUGUGCACAAAAAAAAGGAGUAA